AUGAAAAUAGUAAUCUUGGUUAUCCUUCUGGUCUGCACUUUAGGUCAACAACCAGAAUUUUUACAACAAGUAGCUUCAAAUAGUUUUGGUCGUCAAAUACUACAGACCAUUCAGCUAGAACUUACAUAAGAAAAUGCUGCCAGAUAAAUUUACACUAUGUUGAACAAGCUUUUCUAUGAUUUAAGAGAUGAAGAUGCACGAUCUAGUAAAGCUAAUGGAGAAAGAUAGGCUUAAUGCGCUGAUCAGUUCUCAUUAAUUAAUUCGAUUCAAGAAAAAGCUGUUGUAGCCAAAGCUGAUUACGAAAGGUAAAUCCCAGGAAAAUAAGAAGAAUUAGCCAAUAAAGUGAAUUAGGUUGAAUAAAAGAAUGCUGAAAUCUAAAGAAAUGAUCAAUUAUAAUUAAACUUUUCUGAACAAAGAAGAAAAGAGCAUCAAUUAUAUGAAUAAAAAAGAGAUGAACUGAUUGGUUUAAUCAAUGGUUUAAAACAAGCAUAACAAAUCAUCAGAUAAUUAUAAACACCACAUCCAGGAGGUGCUUUAGUUCAAUUAAAAGACCAUCAUGAAUAAUUAGUGAAGAACUAUGCCCAAAAUUCAGAAUUCAAAAGUAUCACUUCAUUACUUAUGGAAUUAUGCUCUGAUGCUAAAAUACAUUCAGACAAUGACAACGUCUAAGUGAUUGUUGAUAUCAUCAACGAUUUGAUUGAAAGCAUUUAUGAUGUAUAAAAGAGAGAAAUGUAUGCUGAAGAUUGGGCUGAGAAGUUCUUCUAAUAAGACUUAAAUCGUCUUUAAAAAGAAAAUGUUAGAUUGUCUGGUCAAAUUGCUGAUGACUAAGCUGCUGCUGAAUUUGCUUAAUAAAGAUUAGAAGAUCUCUAAUAACAAGCUCUGCUUUAAUAAAUCAUAUAUGACAACAAAGAAAUUGAAAGAAAAUCAUUUGAAGUGGCUUGCAAGGAAGACAACAAUGCAGCUGAACAAGCUAGAGUUGCUAGAAACGAAUAAAUCUAGAUUGUACUUUAGUUGUUGGAACUAUUUGAAAACAAUUUCAAUGAUAGGACUAGAGCAGCACUUAUGGAAAUAGUUGUGUGAUCAAACAAAAAUAAAACAAUCAUAAAUUCUAUAAAUUAAUUAUGAUAAA